UUGGUUGAUUUGGAAAUGUGGGAAAAGAAAUGAAAAUGAUGUUUCGAAUUUUAGCUGGGGAACCGAGGGUUUUUGUUUGGUUAGUGAGAAAAUGCAGGAAUUUUGAUAAUUUGAAUUUUAAAUUGAAGAAUUUGAUUGGAUAUGUCAGAAUUUUUUUUUUUUUUUCAAAUUUUUUGAAUUUCUUCCAUUUUUUUUGAAAUUUUAAUAUUAUAUUUUAGACUGUGUUUGUUUGAUUUGGAAAUGCGGGAAAGAAAUGAAAAUGAUGUCUAGAAUUUUAGCUGGGGAACAGAAGAUUUUUGUUUGGUUAGUGAGAAAAUGCUGGAAAUUUGAUUAUUUGAAUGAAAAUUUGGCUUAUACUGCUAGUUGGUUUGGGUUGAGAGUGGGCUUUCAUGUGUUAACAAUCAAGGAGUAUAGGAGGUCAAAUCGAAUUUUGUUUGCCUUUCUAUUUCUCGGUUUUUGAGUAACAAAAAGGGGUGUUCUGUUGUUUUACUGUUAUCUAUCUUAUAUAGUGUUUGUUUGGAGGAUAAGGCGCUGAGGUGUUGAAUUUUCUGCAAAUGGUUUGAUUUCUAAGCCAGUGGAUUUUCCCUUGCAUUUGAUGUAUGUUUUUCUCAUUUUGCAGUGAGUGAAAUGGGUAUGGAAGUCACUGAUAAUUGUAUGGACAAGGAGCCAGAUUGUAUCCUAAUUUAUUCAAAUGGUGAUUCACAUGAUUCAAGUCAGGAAAUCACUCCCAUUCAUCACGAUGUUGCAGAGUUGUAUGAGCACAUUAAUGGGGAUCCGGAACCCCAAAUAUUGGAAGAGAAUGCUGAAGUAAAGGAAUAUGAUGUGAAGGAAUGCACUACAGAAAACUCGGUUGAGGUUUCUGAACUAUGUCAAGUUGAAAAGUUCGAGGAAAACAUAUUGAGCUCAAAUUCUGACGCUGUCUUGUCAGAGGGGAAGAUCAAAUCUGAACCACAAAAAACUAAGAAUGAUAAUAAAAAGUCAGAAUCUGCUGUGAAACCUGCAUCGAAACCUGGUACCGGGAACACUAGAAUGAAUUACACUGUUCCACAGCCAUUUGCUCUGGCAACUGAAAGACGUGCGUCAUGUGGAAUUCGUCCUGUUGGGACUGAACCUGAUGUUUGUGCUGCUGUGACUAAAUCAUCUCAGGCAAACAGUUUGAAACACCCAAUAACUACAAAACAGAAUCAGGUAGUCUCACCUUUGGUAUCUAGGAAGCCAUUGCAACCUGAUAAUAAGAAGCAUCCUGAUGAAGAAGAUUCUUGUUCUGUUGCUUCCUCUGUUGCAGCAUCAGCCCAGCUCAAUAAGCUCAGGACAUCUGUUGCUUUAGCUCCAGUGUUUAGAUGCUCUGAACGUGCAGAGAAACGGAGGGAGUUUUAUUCAAAAUUAGAGGAGAAACACCAAGCUCUGGAGGCUGAGAAAACCCAGUUGGAAUCAAGGACAAAGGAAGAGAAAGCAGUAGCUAUCAAGCAACUGAGAAAAAGUUUAAUGUUUAAGGCGAGCCCCAUGCCGAGUUUCUACCACGAGGGACCACCACCCAAGGUUGAACUGAAAAAGCCACCACCCACUCGUGCAAAAUCACCGAAGUUGGGCAGAAGGAAGAGCUGCAGUGAUGCAGUUGGUUUUUCUCGGGGAGACAAGGUGAUGGGAGCUUGUGGUCGAGGGACACGUAACAGUCUAGGAAGUUACAAAGAUACUACCACCACUUCCCCGAACAACAUGAAGGACCGGGUCGCUGUCCAGAAUGGUAAUGCUGCUUGCAAGUCCAAAGAUGAGCUCAAACAAGUGAGAGAGACAAAUGAAUUGAUUCUGCCUAAGUUAAAUGGAGAGGGAAGUGUGGACAUUGCUGUUAUGUCUUGAGUCUCUGGUGAGUGUUUAAUUUAAUGAUGGAAAAAAGUCUUCAUUUUCUCUUGCUUUCUUGUGGCUACUGCUUUAAGGAAUGUCUAUUGGACUUCAUUGAUCUGCAAGGACUUGUUGCAGUGGAUUGUGUAAUGCUAAUGUAUUAAGUGUAAAUUUUUGUAAGUUAUUUCCAUACAAAUAUAUAGAGUUCAAAUUUGUCAUGAA